GUGUGUGUGUGUGUGUGUGUGUCGAUGUCGGGGCAGCGUGUGUGUGUGUCGGACUUUGAGGAGGAAGCCAGGAAAGUUCUUCCUAAAGCUGUGUACGACUACUACCGCUCAGGAGCUGAUGAGCAAAUCAGUCUGGCUGACAAUGUCUCUGCCUUUAACAGGUGGUGUCUUGUCCCUCGGGUGUUGAGGGACGUGUCCACAGUGGAUCUGUCCGUCUCUGUGCUGGGUCAGAAGCUCAGCAUGCCUCUCUGUGUUUCAGCUACAGCCAUGCAGAGGAUGGCUCAUCCCGAGGGAGAGACAGCUACAGCGAGAGCAUGCCAGUCAGUGGGAACAGGAAUGAUGCUGAGCUCCUGGGCCACCUCCACUGUAGAGGAAGUGAUGUCUGCGAUGACAGUCUCAGGCAGCAGCAGGGGUGUCCUGUGGCUGCAGCUUUACAUCUAUAAAGACCGAGAUCUCACACUAUCAUUGGUCCGCCGGGCAGAGGAAGUGGGCUAUCAGGCUAUCUUUGUUACUGUGGAUACGCCAUACCUGGGGAAGAGACGGGACGACAUGCGCAACCGCUUUAAACUGCCCCCACAUCUGAGUAUGUCUAACUUCUCCACAGCAUCCCUGGCUUUCUCUGAGGGAAACUAUGGCAAUGACAGUGGUUUGGCUGUUUAUGUUGCAAAAGCAAUAGACCCGUCUCUUUGCUGGGAUGACAUCACAUGGCUGAAAAAACAUACACGUCUGCCUGUGAUUGUGAAAGGAAUAAUGAAUGGUGAAGAUGCUCUCCAGGCUGUGAACUAUGGUGUUGAUGGCAUAAUGGUGUCCAAUCACGGAGCUCGACAACUGGAUGGAGUUCCUGCCACGAUAGAUGUCUUGGAGGAGGUAGUGAGGGCAGCACAGGGUCGCUGUGAUGUCUACAUGGAUGGAGGAGUGAGGCGUGGGACAGAUGUCUUGAAAGCCUUGGCUCUGGGAGCAAAGGCUGUCUUCAUUGGCCGACCAGUGCUAUGGGCCCUCGCCUGUCAGGGAGAAAAGGGGGUUACUGAGCUUCUACAAAUUCUAAAACAGGAGCUGCAACUGGCUAUGGCCUUGUCAGGUUGUCGUUCUAUAUCCGAGGUAAGCAGGUCCCUGGUCAGGAGAGUGGAGUUGACCUUCAGGAUGUGA